AUGCGUUCCGUUUCAGCGCUUGUGGCUUUGGCUUUUGCGAGCUCGUUUGAACUUGUUGCUGCCAGCAAUUGCAAGCCCUCAUCACCAGUUGGAGCUAAGACUACGGACUCCGCUUCAGUCACCGGCGGAACAGCAACCAAAUCAGCACCUCCAUCUGAAACGACUGACGGACCAGUAGUCAUCACUAAUGCUGUGACAAACGGCGACUUUGGAGGCUAUGAUCCUUCAUCAGAUGGCGGUAUCUACGCCUUUCAAGCCGGUGGCAAUGCGAAACUCCUUCAAGGCCCAGGAUAUCAGGGAGACCACACCGAAGAGAGGAACUGUGUACAACUCAAGACCAAUUCAGGAACUCCCGGUCAAAAGCGAGAUUUCGUAUCCGAGAACCCCUGGAUUCAGCAGCAGCUCGACAAUCUAGAGCCCAGUGACUUCACUGUUCGCUUCUGGUACUCUAUCGUGAACAAUGCUAUCGCGGAUACGUGUCGUAUCGAAGGACUUUACGGAAAUGUUCAAUUUGGAGCAACUCCAUACUUUCCUGUCGUCGCUGAAGGCAACAACUGGUUGGAGUUUGUCGACUCUAUGCCUGUCACCACUACAAGUGGAAUGAUUCGUUUCGAGCUCAACUGUAUCGACGGAGGCUCUGCUGAAGUCUACUUCGACCAAGUCUUUGUCUCUAACAAGAUUGGCGAUGAGUGGGUUGAUGGCAUUUCGUUGUUCUUUCCUACGUCGAAGCAUGCUGCUACCAUUGCUCCGGCUCAAACAAGCACCGCUCCAGCUGUGGACACAGCUACGACUAGCAGCGGCAGCACCGAGUCUUCUGGCCUUCCUACAACCCAAUCCUCUCAAGCACAAACUACUACCGAUGAAGCCUCAGCAACCGACAAGACAGUCGAGUCCACCUCAGCCUCCGCCUCAGCCCCGACCUCUGCACCAACUAACCCUACCGCAUCAGGCCCUAAGCUCUGUGCCAAAUUCGGAACUGGCGCAGCUGGUCGAGGCUGCGCCAAGAGGCCUUAUAGCAGCACAAAAGGCUACAAGGGGUACGGUGGUAGUAAGAUCACAAAAGAGCAAUGUGCUGCUCUCUGCCUUUCAGAUACCAACUGCCAAAGCUUCGAAUGGCUUUAUCAAGGCAGCGGCUGCGCCAACACCUGUAACCUUCUCGCCACAAACUGGGCUGACGUCCCUACCAAUGGAGGCCUUGAUGCCGCUUGGGCUUACGACCGAAGCUGUAUCCAAGAGGACGAGUGCGCCGAGCAACCUGCUGGUUCUUUAUGCGUAAACGUCAACGCUGAUACGCCCGCCAAGUCUUGUACUCAAGUCAAAGGCAAGGCAAAAUCUUGUGCCAAACCCUUCCUGACUGCUUCGACGAGGGGCGUUUGUGGUCUUAGCAACGAAUGCCGCGAUCUUUGUGCCAAAUAUCCUUCUUGCAAGUCUUAUGCAGCGACAUUUGGGAGCUGUAGUUUGUAUGACGCCAGAUCUUCUGAGGUUGCCGAGGCCGGAAGUGAGCUCUUCUGGUUUACGGAUAUGGAUUGCCAUGCUUGUGGACAGGGAAAUGCUUACUUUGACUACAUUUCUAUUGGUCAAGACCCUGCGAAUAUGCCUCAGUGGACAUGUGCUGCGGAGGACAAGACAACUUCGACCAUGGCUGUGCCGACGACUACCAAUCCAGCUAUCGCAACCACCUCUGACGUUGAAUCAACCACGAGUGCAAGCCAAGCCAGUGACAAGGCCGACUCAUCAACAAUUAUUCCAACUACAACUACUGCACCUCCCUCCACCACAGCAGCUCUGUGUGCCAACGGCGUGCCAUCCCCCGGAAUCUGUUCCGCCGCAAACGUUGUGCCUUCAACAGCAACAUGUGGCAAGCGUGGUUGGCCACGCAAUGUCGAACCAUAUGGCCGUAGUCUCGCUGACUUCCCUAAUCAAAACACAUUCGAAGACUGUGCUCUCAUUUGCAAGCUUGAUAGGUCGUGCAAGGCCUUUGCUAUCGAUCCUACUAGAUCUGGGAUGAGGUGCAUGUUCAGCUCAGAUCCAACUAUCGAUGGAGUCUCCAAUGCACCUGGCGUAUGGAGUAAUUUGGAGUGUAUGAGCUGCACGCUCUGCGGUGACGCAGUCACUUCUUCGCAGCCUGUAUCUGAGGCCCCCACAACCAUGAUCACCUCGACACGACCAGCUGGCGAGGAUUCCUCCAGCACCCAAGCUGCAACAAGCGCGUCAGGGGAACCAACCACUACUCAAACGACACAAGCAGAGCCAACGGAUUGUGCAGUACCCUCAGCCUCUCUAAGCGACGACGUUACCUGCGGUAUCCCCGGUCAAAGCGGCCAACAAGCUCAAAGCGCUCGUCUCUUAAACUAUGUCAUCAAACCAGUUGGAAGUCUGGCCAACUGCGCUGCCGUCUGCCUCCAACGGGCAGAUUGUCAGGGCUUUGCGUACAUCAAGAGCAACACUGAGUGCUAUCCCUUUAGAGUUGGACCUGCUAGUUUGGGAAUCACGUAUAAUCCUCAGGGCACGGAGAAAUACUACGAUAGGGGGUGCUUCUCGUGUGCUUCAUGA